AUGGAUGAUUAUGCAAGGAAUGAAGAUGAGACAGGAAGCAAAAGGUUGUUGAUGGUGGCUCAAAUAAGGAUGCCAAGAAAUGGCGUAACCUCGAGGAAAGUCAGUUUUGAUGAGAAGCGAAAUCCAGAUUCAGUUCUAAGUCUUCUUACAAGUUAUGGUUUCACAGAUUCUCAAAUCUCCAGCAUCAUUACGGAUUGUCCACAAGUAGACGUUGAGAAAUCACUUGGUCCAAAGCUUCAGUACUUUGCAGUCAAUUAA